AUGCUUGCAGUCUCUCCCUUCAACUUCACUGUGAUUGGUGGAAACCUCCCGGGUGCCCUGGCGCUCAUUGAGAACAUUGUCAUCUGGAAGCCCUUGCGGAUGGCAAUGUACUCAAACUAUCUCAUCUACAAGAUCCUCGAGGUGAUCAACUUGCCCCACUUUGUGGUGCUGCACUUCACCGGCAGCAUGGCUGUGUUCAAGAAGUUGUGGAAGAACAUCACAGGCAAUUUGGACAAAUCUAAGGGCUACCUGAGGAUCAUUGGCAAGAUGGGUGGGAAGAACUUCCACCUGGUGCAUUCGAGUGUCAAGAAAUGCUCUGCCCUCUUGCAUCUCUACGUGUCCUCUUCUGUUUGGCCUGGGAGCUCCAGGUUCAAGGACCAACUACUUCAAGAGAAGGUUGGGCCUCCUUCAGAUUUUACUGCCUUCAUGGGACCCAUCAGGUGA